CGCCGGCGCCGGCACCGCCGCCUAGCUACCCGACCCAGAGCUCGGCUGCGGCGGGCGCGGGCGGCGGCGGCGGCUCCCCCGUGCGGUCCGUGCUGGGACCUCCGCCUGCCUGCCGCACGGGGACGGCGCGCGCUCCAGCCCGCAGCAGGGACCGGGACGCUCGGCCCACCGUCCCUCGCGGGGCACUGACCCAGAGGAGAUGUAGGGUCGGAGCCACUCCCCCACUCGCCCUGCUGGGGCUCACAGCCAGCCACAACCGGCCACAAUCCACUCCCUCUCCUACAGAUGAGGAAGCUGAGGUUUCUUGAGGGAAGGUGAAAGACAAUCACGGAACCUGGUGAUCGUGUGUCAGGAACCAGGUUGGUCUGUCCUGGGGCCCAUGCCUUGAGGCUGCCAGCAUGCCUUGGGACGCAAGGCCUGGGGGCGGUGCAGACGGUGGCCCUGAGGGUGCCGGCGCAGCCCGCUCUCGGGCACAGAAACAAUGCCGGAAGUCGUCUUUUGCCUUCUACCAGGCGGUGCGCGACCUGCUUCCCGUGUGGCUCCUGGAGGACAUGCGCGCCAGCGAGGCCUUCCACUGGGAUGAGCGCGGGCGCGCCGCGGCCUACUCACCCUCGGAGGCGCUGCUCUACGCGCUGGUGCACGACCACCAGGCCUACGCACACUACCUGCUGGCCACUUUCCCGCGGCGCGCACUUGCGCCACCCAGCGCGGGCUUCCGCUGCUGUGCGGCGCCCGGGCCUCACGUGCCGCUGGCUGUGCGCUACAACCGCGUGGGCAUCCUGCGGCGCAUCCUGCGCACUGUGCGUGACUUCCCAGCUGAGGAGCGCGCGCGCCUGCUGGACCGGCGUGGCUGUAGCCGCGUGGAGGGUGGUGGCACUUCGCUGCACGUGGCCUGUGAGCUGGCGCGCCCCGAGUGCCUCUUCCUGCUUCUGGGCCACGGCGCCUCGCCUGGCCUCCGUGAUGGUGGUGGCCUCACACCACUGGAGCUGCUGCUGCGCCAGUUGGGCCGUGAUGCAGGCUCUGUCCCUGCCGCUGGGGCUGCCUCUUCCGCCACUGCUGCCAACACUGUGUCUGGGGAGCCACGCCAGCGCCGCCUGCUACUGCUUGACCUACUGGCGCUGUACACCCCUGCGGGUGCCGCAGGCCCAGCCCGCCGGGAGCUGCUGGAUGACCGACCGCGCUGGCAGCGGCUUCUGGGUGAGGACAAGUUCCAGUGGCUGGCAGGCCUGGCCCCGCCAUCUCUCUUUGCACGUGCCAUGCAGGUGCUGGUCACCGCCAUCUCUCCUGGCCGCUUCCCUGAGGCCCUGGAUGAGCUGCCGCUGCCGCCCUUCCUGCAGCCCUUGGACCUCACUGGCAAGGGCUAGACCCAGGGGGUGCGGGAUUUGGGGACAGAACUGUUUUUCGGAGCAUUGUACCUGCACUUUACAUAUACUGAUCUCUGUACAGGAGAAUCUGCUUCAUCUGUCACAUGCCAUGGGGCAAGGCUCCCAGGUUUCCUGGGUGCAGCUGGAUCCAGCUCCCCAUGUUCCUGCCCAAGUGGGGCUCCGGUCAUAUACUCCCCUCAUUGCCUAGCUCUGCAAAGGGGUGAGGACCAGCCUCCCACUCAGAUCUGGAGCUGGGAGUGUCCCAAAGAGGGUGGCUGCUGAGCUGAGCAGGAAUUGAGCAGGCACAGGGGGAGGGGACUGACUUGUGCAAGCAGGGGGACGGAAUGUGCAGAGGCCUGGAGGCCAAGAGGACAGGCCCAGUGGGGAGUUAUGACAGGAGGCUCUCGUAGUGAACUCUCUGGUGGGGCCUGGACCUGAUCCUGCAGUUGAGGGGGGACAAGCAGGACUGGGCAGUCUGCUGUGCCAGGAGCUUGGCAGAGGCCUGACCCAGGCUGUGCCUUCCUGUAUCCCCACCCUACUCUAGCCAUGAGCCCCUUGGGUGUCACUGGCUUCCUGUAUCUCCCACUGAUAGCUGGCCCACCCAGGCCUGGCUCUGACUCUGUCACCACCUUUUGCUCUUUGCCCACAACUGGCAGGCAGUUUCCUGGGGCUCCUGCUUCUCAGCUCAGCCAUUGUACCUGGUAGGCCCCAGGCCUGGGGCCCCCAGCUUCUUAUCCCCUCCUGGGGUUAGGUGUGUUUUCCUCUUGGUCCAGGGAUGACUCCCUGGCCCACUCAGAGUGGGCAUUAGAUGGUGUCCAUGAUGAUGGAGGGGUGGGUGUGUCACCCCAGGGGCAGGCUUCUUGCCCGUGACUGGAGAGCUGAUUUCUCCAAGAAGAUUUGUUACCCUGUGAGUGUGCUGCCAUCCUGCAGGAUGAGGGGACUGACUGAGAAGAUGUACCACUCCUGAGGAGCCUCAGGACCAGGCAGGGUGGCCAGGCUGCCUGGCUGGGGAAUCCUGCUGGGUCUGCAUGGGCUGGAGGGCUGUGAUGUCCUGCCAGGGCACCUGCUGCCUGCCCUGCACCCAGUGUUCCUGAGGGGAGCCUGCCUGCCAGGUGGCAGAGUCUAGGAGGGAGGGCGGGGAAGGCCCAGACAACAGAUCUUGCCUGGGGAUCUAGACCCAAUACCCACUUUCAGGGUGACCUUGGACAAAACCUCUGCCCUGGGCCCUGGUUUUCUCAUCUGUCUUCAAGGGAUUUUGGACUAUCUCAGCUUAUUGCCAACCCUGAAAAGGAUGUUCCCCCAUUGUGCAGGAGUGUGGGGUGGGUGGUAUACUGUCCUAGUGGGAAUGGAGAGGGAAAGAUGAAGAGGGCACACGACCUUCUGAGCCCAGAUCCAGACUGGAGAGGGUCUUCUCCCCUCCUGUUGUGCCCUGGACCAGCUAAACAGCCUCUUUGAACCUCUGCACUUAGUGGAUACUAGCUGCCCAGCCCCAGGCCUAGGGCAUCAAGGCUCCCUGGUUCUCACAAUAAGGAUGCCAUUGCAGAGGACUUUCACUUUCUUCCUUUGAAGGACAGCAGUAGACUGCAGGACUGCUGGGGUGGGGCCUGUCAGGCUUUUGGGAGCCUGUCAGCCCAGCCAUUCUGUCUAGAAAGCUGGACAGCUAUUGGGUAUAGACUUCACAUCUCUCCUGUCUGGUGUUGUCCUCUGGGUCAGUGUGUCCAGGGCUAGAUGUCCCUGUACUUCCCCUCCUUUAGUGACAACCUUUGGACCCCUGGCCUAGGGGAGGGUCCCUCUAUAGAACCCAUUGGGACAACCAGGAGGAGGCAGGUAUGGGAUCCUGCCAUCUGGAGGAAUUAUGGGCAGGAAUCCCCAGCUGCAGGAAGGUGCAGGGCAGGGUCUAGGGCUCCGGAGGGUGGUUUGUUUCAGGUACUCUGUGGGGUAACAGUAGUUGUGGGACAGCCACAUCAUUGCUGAGUGACUGGUUGACCCCUGUGCCCACAGGGGCAAGUGGGUAGAGGCAAGGACACCUUAGUGUUCACUGAUUGGGGUGGAUGAGGCAAGGGCACAGGGAGUCACAGGAGGCCACAGACCAGAGUGGAGCCUGACCCCGGCACAGCUCAGCAGCCGGCCUGGCCCAACCCUCCACCCUGCAGUGGAGCAGAGAACUUCACGUGGUGCUGGCAGAUAAGGUUAUCUGGUGCCUGCUGCUGGGAGAGCGAAGGGGGCCCCAGAGUUUGGCUUGCCACACCCAGGAAGGGCUGUGAGGACCCUGGUGCAUCUGUCACUGUUGUCAUUCCUGGCAGUGAGCUUGCAGGACUCGGGGCAGACCCAGAGGAUUGGAGGGAGUCAGAGCCAGCCAGGCCCAGGCCCUUGGCGUAUGGCAGCUCUGCUCUUGGUCCAUGGCAGGUGACUGACAAACCUCAUUCUCUGUGACGAAGCACAUUGGUUUGUUGGUUUAUUUCUUAAAUGUCACUACUCUCUCCCCCUAUGUAUGACCAAGUGCCCAGCAAUGUUCCAAGAGCCCUGAACCCAGCUCAUUAAGAAGAGUUCAGUGACCAAGCCAGGGGCCGUGACACAUGCCUUAAUCUCAGCAUCUUGGGAGGCUAAGGAAGGAUGGAAAGUUGUAGGCUGGUCUGGCCAACUUGGUGAGUCCGUGUCUCAAAAAUAAGAACUGGGAAUGAAGCUCAGUGGUUGAGUGCCCCAGAAUUCAAUCCCCAAUAAUACAAAAACAAAACAGAACCGUGUAUUAAAGGUACUAGCCCUUUGGCACAUACUUGGUGCAUGUUUUUUUUUUUUUUGAAGGUGAUAUGGUUAUUUUAGCUGUACAAAAGUUUUAACUUUUAUGUAGACAGACAUCAUGUUUAUGAUUUACGGGAUUUUGUUUGUUUUUUGUUUUUUGUGGUGUUGGAGUUUGAACUCAAGGGGUUCUCUAAAGCGCCUGCCACACCCAAGGUAAAGCUACAUCCCCCAUUCUUUACUUUUUUUUUUGGUACUGGAGAUCGAACCCAGGGGUGUUUAACCACUGAGCAACAUCCCCAGCUCCUUUUUGUAUUUUAUUUGGAGAAGGGUCUCACUGAGUUACUUACCGCCUCGCUAAGUUGCUGAGGCUGGUCUUGAACUCACGUUCCUCCUGCCUCAGCCUCCCAAGCCAUUUGGAUUAUAGGAGUGGGCCAUUCCAGCGAUCCUCCUGCCUCAGCCUCCCAAGCCACUGGGAUUACAGGAGCGGGUCACUCUUUUAGAUGUUGAUGGACCUUUAUUUUAUUCAUUUAUUUAUAUGCGGUGCUGAGAAUCAAACCCAGUGCCUCACAUAUACAAGGCAAGUGCUGUACCACAGAGCCACAACCCCAGCCCCGGUUCUUUAUGAGACAGGGUUUUGCUCAAUUGUGCAGGCUGGCUUUGAAUUUAUAAUCCUCCUGCCUUAGCUUCCUGAGUCACUGGAAUUAUAAGUGUGUAAUGCUA